AGUCUUCGUGAGGUACAUACCACCAUGGCGGACGAGAAGACCCCUCAGCCCGUCGAGGGCUCGAUUCAGUCCCGGAGCAUGGACUUGAACCAGCUGCCGGCCGGCUACUACUGGAGUCCUAACUUCAUCGGCUCGCUGAUUGCCGGCUGUUUGAUGGCGAUCAGUCUGUACCUGGGCUAUGUGCUGCCGGUCAACAGUUUGACUGCGAUCAACAAAGAUCUCGGGCCGGACCCCAACUACAGCAUGAUCUCGACGGUAUUCACGUUGAUCUCUGGAGUCGGAUUACUGCUGGUCGGCCGACUCGGCGACAUCUUCGGGCGGCGCUACAUCCUGAUCGGAGGCCAGCUGCUGGGGCUGAUCGGGGCGAUCGUGUGCGCGACGGCGAAGACGGUGCCGACAGUGAUCGGAGGCAGCGUGCUGUGCGGGCUGGCGGCAGCCGUGCAGUUGACGUUCACCUUUGUGAUUGCGGAGCUGGUGCCGAACCGGGCGCGGCCGGUCGUGAACGCAGGCAUCUUCAUCACGACGCUGCCCUUCUCGGCGUUUGGCUCCAUCAUCGCGAGCGACUUCAUUGCUAACACCGCCGCCUCCUGGCGCUGGACCUACUACCUGAACAUGAUCACCUGUGGCCUGUCUAUCAUCCUGCUCGUGCUGUUCUACUUCCCCCCUGGCUGGGAUAGGAAGCGCGGGUCCCAGAGUCGGCUGGACGGGCUCAAGAAGUUCGAUAUCAUCGGCUUUGUGCUGUAUGCUGGUGGUAUCGUGCUGAUUCUGUUGGGUCUUUCAUGGGGUGGCACCUCGUAUGCCUGGGAUUCCGCUCACGUCGUCGCCGUGCUGGUCAUCGGCUUCGUGUCCGUCAUUGCCUUCGUCAUUUAUGAGAUCUACGCGCCCCUGGAGCAGCCCCUGCUCCCUAUGUCGCUGCUGCGCAACCCCGGCUACGCGGCGACCGUGUGUUCGGCGCUGGUCGGCAACAUGGUUUACUUCUCCAUGAGUCUGCUCUGGCCCCAGGCUGUCCUCCACAUGUUCACCACCAACAGCAUCAAAGCCGGCUGGCUCUCUAUCUCCACCGGAGUCGGCGUCAUCAUCGGCGAGAUUGCCGGCGGCGUGCUCAUGAAGCCCCUGGGCUUCACCAAGUACCAGCUCAUCGCCUCGACGGUGACCAUCACCGCCUUCUCGGGCGCCCUGGCCGCUAUUAACCAGCACCGCCAGGCCUACGGUAUUGCUUUCACCGCUAUCGGCGGCUUCGCCGUCGGCUACCUCGAGCUGAUCACGAUCAUCAUGUGCCCGCUGUACUGCAAACCAGAGGACAUCGGUCUAGCGAGCGGCUUCCUGGGCUCCGCCAAGCAGAUCUUCGGCACCAUCGCCACGGCCAUCUACGUCGCCAUCCUGCAGAACCGCAUCACCGCCAACAUGCCCGGCACCGUCAGCGGGGCGGCCACAAAAGCCGGACUGCCUGCUUCGUCGGUGACGGACCUGCUCGAGGCUAUCGGGGCGGGCACCAGCGCCGCGCUGGAGGCCGUGCCCGGUAUGACGAGCAAGAUCUUGGCGGCUGUCGCAGAUGCACAGAAGACGGCGUACGCGGAGUCGUUCCGGACGGUAUUCUGCGUGAGUAUUGCGUUCGGCGGGCUGUCGAUUAUCGCGUCGUUGUUUUCCAAGGAGGUCGAUACGCGGUUGGAUGGUGGGGUUGCGGCGAAAUUGGUGGUGAAGGAGGAUAGCAGUGCUGCGUGGGAGAAGGGCGGCGCGGAUGAGGAGGCGCACUGA